ACAGUUUGAUAUAGUAAGUGGAUUAUGUAUUGUUUAAUUGGUUUAAAAUUUGCGACAUCUUGGAAUAAUUUACCAUUUUCCGCAUUUAUAUUUUUUGAUUUAGCAGACAUCAUCGUUGAUUGUGUGGAAGAGUUUUAUCCAACAAGGCGGAAAAGUGGCCUUGACGCUACUACAAAAGUUUUAACAGCUUUAAGAUUUUUCGAAGCUGGCAGCUGUCAGAUGGAUGUUGGGAAAAAUAUGUAUUCAGCCAUUAGUCAACCGCCUGUCAGCAGAUGCAUCCGAGACGUGAUUGAAGUGUUUAAUGCAAGAGAUUUUUUCGAUGAUUGGGUGCACUUUCCUCGAACCAUCGCAGAAUUGAACACUAUUCGAAGAGAGUAAUCCUACAAGGAUUCCGUAUAUAAUUUAAGAAAUGUUCUUUUUAAUCGUGAAAUAAGAAAUUAUACUGAAGUAACUUCUGUAAGCAUUUUUCCUAAUCAGUAGUAGAAAAUUAAUAAUUCACAGUAAAAUUGUCACCAAGUUACUGUACUAUUAACCUUUCCCGGUAAGAAGCCUGGCAUUAAAAAGUAUUAGAAAAUUUGAAUCCCUAAGAAUGCCGUUUCUGUCCUUAG